CGCAGACAGGAGCGCGAGGCCGUCCCAGCGGCCUGCCACACCCGCCGCCACCCCUUUCGGGGCAGCUCUGCUCGCUCGCCGGCAGCCCGGGCGCCCUAUUGUGAGCGGCAGCAGCGGGGGCGCAGCCAUCAUCUUCCGUACUACGAGCGCCGGCCGGAGCAGCGCUGAUAAGCACCACCGACGGCAGCAGCAGCGAGGCCGCUAGCUCCCACACCGCCCGGAAUAUCGGCUCGAGUCGCCACGAUGACCUCCCCGCACUACCGCCUCGUCUACUUCAACGCGCGUGGCCGCGCCGAGCACAUCCGCUUUAUCUUCGCGCACGCGGGCGUCGAGUACGAAGACGUGCGCGUGACGAGGGAGCAGUGGGCGGAGAUGAAACAACGUACGCCGGUUCGGCGCGCUGCCCGUGCUGGAGGUGGACGGCGGCAGGCGGCGCAGUCGGCGGCCAUCGCGCGCUUCCUUGCGCGCGCCUGGGGCUGGCGGCGACGACGACUGGGCGGCGCUGGCAGUGCGACGCGCUCGUCGACGCGCUCGCCGACCUCAAGCAAGCUCUGUUCCAGUGGCGCGCAGAGACCGAGCCUGCGCAGAAGGAAGCUCGCAAGCGGGAGUUGAUGCGCGACACGGUGCCGUUUUACCUGGGGCGGUUCGAGCGCAUCGUGGCCGAGAAUGGAGGCUACGCCGUGGCUGGACAGUUGACCUGGGCAGACUUCAUGUUUGCUGUUUCUCUGGAAAACUUCGAGCUGCUUUUCGGCUCGAGAGCACUGGAAGCAUAUCCAUCUCUUCGUGCUCUUAAGGAACGUGUGUUUUCGUUGCCACGUAUUCAAGCCUGGGUGCAACGUCGACCUGUUACGGAAUUCUAAUUAUAUAUUUUUUCUUGCGGUACUGUCCAAUUGAAAGGUAAAUGACAAACGACAAACAUCUGAGAUAAGCACUCACUGCCAUGUCUCUAAAUUGUUGCACAUACAAUCUGAUAAAUUUCCGCUCAGAUGUUUAGUAGUCGAUGUUCGGGAAACGAAGAGCGAGAACUAGGUAUUACUAUACAUUAGAAGACAAAUAAAACGUGUCGCUGCACAAGAAAAUUGGUUAGUUCAUUAAUGUUGUGCUCCGUAAAAUGGUAUAGCCUUUGAGCACUGUUUUAUGUCGUAGGUUGCCAGUUGCUUGAUGUUUGCUAGGUCUGCUUCACCAAGUGUUAAACGUACAAGUAUUGGUUAAUGUUUGUAGAAUUUCUAACAUGCACACAUUUCAUAAAUCAGUGUGAAUUUACUAUUAAAACUUCAAAUCAUAAUUUUUUUUAAAAAAAUAAAGAAACAGAACAGGCCUAGAUCAAGCGUAAAAAUGCACCAAAGCAGCAUUUGCCAAACAUUUUGUAAAUUUAAAAACUCAAACAAAGUUAACAUGAAAAUAUUGAUUUCGAAUAUUAUAUAAGUAACAACUACAUUAAGGAUUAAUUUGUAAAAUUAUAUAUAUAAAAAAUUAAACGUCUAAUAAUAAUUUUAGGCCUGUGAUAUUUUUCACACUGAUAUCUUGUUUUCUUACAAACGGAGGAGGGUGGAAAUUCCAACUAUUUUGAUACAAUUUAUUAAAGAUACAUUACAACAUCAGUACACCUGUCAUAUUUUCGCAUUUCUCUGAGAACGCGAAAAAAUAUUGAUAAUCAAUCAGUUUCGAAUAUAUAAUAUCAUUUUUUAAAUAAUCGACCUCAAAUUUUGAAGGCAAUAAAUGAAAUACAGAAGAAAACUCUCCCAAAGCAGAAAACAUGACAAUGCAGGAGCGCAAACAAUCAUCAAACUCUCUAAGUUGAGUUGAAUUUUCUCUUUGCAUGUGAAAUUCAUUGAAUCUAGUUCUAUGGCUAAGUGUUUGGUUAUAACUAUAUUGAUAAUUAUCACUCAAAUUUCUAACAUGGAUUGAUCUAAUGUUUCAUGAAAUGUUUAAAAAAAUGUGUUUCUUUCGUUCGAAUAAUUUGCCCUUCGAGGAGGUUAAUUACAGAUACUUACACGAAGGUUUUUUUGUCGGAAUGGUCAUUUGUAUAAGCAGUAUGAUUAUUUACACCUAUAAUAUAAAUAUCAAUUGCGUUAAAUAGUACUCAUUUCUUUAACUGAAACGAAGUUGAAGAUUGUUAUCAAGCUUACAAUUUAAAUGUAACGGACGGAGUUCUUGAUUUCACGAUGGUUUGAGUACGUCUUUUUGAUACGAGUCAAUGUCAAUAUCUUGAGUCCAACAUACCUCACUUCGUGCUAGACUUAAAAUAAUUGCCCUGGGAGAGGUGAUAAGUUCGGUAACAAUGAUUAGCUAUUUGUGUUAAAUGAUCAAUGACAGGAGAUAUAUUCAGUUCUUUGAACUUGCGUAUUGCCCAUGAAGCCUUACGCAACUUACCUUCUGCAACUUACGUAUCUCAACAGAUACGUAAGUUGCAGAAGGUAGAAUGAAUUAUGAGUAAAAUAAAAUAGACAUUUAACUUUAAUUAGCAAUAACUAGAGGAAACAGUUUAAAAUUUUUAUGAGUAUGUAUGGCUGCAAGAUUUUGUCCACUUAUUGAAAAUGACAUACCUAUUUCAUUCAAAUAAAGAUUCAUAUAUAAUUUGUCCCCUUUUGAUUUCUAUAUUAACGCUAAACGUGAUCUUUAAUUUUAUACCUUGUACUUUGCCAUUCAAAUGCACAUUACAAUAGUUUUUGCAAAUCGAAUGAACUCCUAGUUUUAAACCAUAAAAUGCAAAUGUUAACUUUCGUGGAAUGCUCAUUUUCUUUAAAAGUCGGGAUAAAUUAUUGAUUCUAUUUUUUUUCUUUUCAUGUUUUUCUCUUUACUUUUUCACUUCAAUCCUACAAAUAUUUUUUUCCACAAAGUACCAGCAGUUAAAAUGACAUUGCUUCGAUAUUAUUAAUUUUUUAGAAACAUUGAACCCCUACUGACUGUAGUGUCUUUUCGGAACACUUUAUUUUUAAAACUAAAUUUUCAACACAAUCUUAUUGUUUACAAAUACGUCCCAAAUACUAAUAACGUGAAAUGUCAAGCUCUCAUGUGAUAAUUAUUUCUGCGAUCAUAUUUAAGCAAAAUGAUCUUUAUUUAGACAUAGUUGCAAGCACUCAACGUAAAAGCCUACUGCCCUGUCAUAUGUUUCAGAUUUGUGACUGGUGAAAUAGAUUCUGAGACACAAGGAUAAAUGUCAAACUCUCCGUUUUACCAAUCUCCUCAGAAAUAAGACAACAUAGUCUAAAUAAGUGCAUUUAGACAAACUUUACCGAAAAUACGAGAAUACUUUGCGCUGGACAAAGUUGUAAUUUUGCGGAGUGUUGAGGUUUAGUUAGCCACAUUGCGUAUUAGGGCUUCCACCUAUUGUGAUCCCAACGGAAUGAAAUUUUCUAUAUGGUGUAGUAGUUAUUUUCGAAUAACUAGAAACUUAGUUCGGGCCACACACCAGGAAAAUUUGGUAAAAAUUGUGUACGAGCGUAUUCAAUUACAUUUUUUACGCGGGGAGGGGUCGCCAAACACCGCGAUAUUCCGCUCCUAUCUAGAAGCAGCGAACAUCCGUGAAUACGGAAAGGUACUGCUUCUAUCUACGGAUAUGACGCUUCUCAACGAAACUAGUUACCGGAAUGUAUUGCGAAAACGACACAGAAAUGUCUCCUCGAAGGCGUCAUGCAUUCAGUGUUGCUCAGGCGUACACAACGGAAUGCAUUAUAAAAGUGAUCUAUCGAACUAAAAAUUUUCACCGUCAAUAUAAAUAUGGAAUCGAAGUUUCUCCAUGCAUCUGCUUUCAAUGCUUCACCACUCUCGUCAAUAUCACGGGGAGACGGCGACAUUCAUGAUGAACAGCAUUCAUAAGGACAACCACAGUUUUUCGAAGUAGGUUCUUCUGAUAAGUGAUGUUGAACCGAACAGCAAUGAAAGUCUUUCAGGAUUAAAAUUUGGUGUAUUUUCAUCUCAUCGUGGAAGAAAAGAAUAUAACAUCUAAAACUUUAAUUUUUCUUACGAGACACGUAGGGACACUAACCUCUACUCCGGUUCAGACAGCGGACGAUUAUUUUGACAGGUCCUAAACGGUUGAGCAUCGCCUCUUUCUCCCCCCCCCGUCCUUCGUUUGUCUCUCCUCCUUUCACUUCGCACUUUUUUUCUCUCUGUUCCAACUCUCUCUCUCUCUCUCUCUCUCUCCUCUCUCUAU